AUGGCCUCGCUGGACCUGCCCUACCGCUGCCCGCGCUGCGGCGAGCACAAGCGCUUCCGCAGCCUGUCCUCGCUGCGCGCGCACCUGGAGUACAACCACACCUACGAGACCCUCUACGUGCUCUCCAAGACCAACAGCAUCUGCGACGCCACCGUCUUCCCGCUGGCCGCCGACGGGGCCCUGCUGGCCCCGGCCGCGCGCAGGGACUACUUUGAGAGCACCUCCUUCCAGGGCAAGGACCAGCGCUUCUCCUGCGACCUGGUCCCCGCCGACGAGCUGGAGCCGGCGCCGUCCCCGUCGCCCUCGCCCCGCUAUGUGCACGAGAUCGAGAUCCCGCUGAGCGAGAUCUUCACCCGGGGCAAGGCCGUGGCGCCCGCGCCCGUCCCGCCCGCCGCCAUGGACUCGGCCUACGAGGAGGGCCUGGCCCGCCUGAAGAUCCGCGCCUUCGAGAAGCUGGAGGUGGACAAGAGGCUGGAGAAGCUGACGGAGGAGGUGGAGCAGAAGAUCGCCUCGCAGGUGGGCCGGCUGCAGGUGGAGCUGGACCGCAAGAGCUCGGAGCUGGAGAAGGCCAAGCAGGAGAGCCUGCGGCUGAGCCGCGAGAAGCAGGAGCUGGAGGACCGGGCGUCGGAGCUGUCCCGCCAGGUGGACGUCAGCGUGGAGAUGCUGGCGUCCCUCAAGCAGGACCUGGUGCAGAAGGAGCAGGAGCUCACCCGCAAGCAGCAGGAGGUGCUGCAGAUCGACCAGUUCCUGAAGGAGACGGCGGCGCGGGAGGCCAACGCCAAGGUGCGGCUGCAGCACUUCAUCGAGGAGCUGCUGGACCGCGCCGACCGCGCCGAGAAGCAGCUGCAGAUCAUCAGCAGCAGCUGCGGCACCACCCCCAACGGCAGCCUGGGCCGCUGCGGCACCCCGGCCAGCAAGGCCAUCGCCCGAGCGGUACCUCUGCGGGCACAGAGGGAGCGGCACCCGGGGCCGGCGGUGGCGGGGCACGGUCCCUACGGCGCGGCCAACCAGCGCUCCUGCUCCAGCACCGGGGCCUCGAGCCGGGCCAAGGCCGUGUCGCAGAGCUCGGGCUGCUACGACAGCGACAGCGCGGAGCCGUGUCCCACGGACGACGCGGCCGAGGGCCACCCGUACGCGGCGCGGGGCUCGGGGCUGCGCCGCCAGGCCAUCCAGAACUGGCACCGCCGGCCCUACCGCAACAGCACCGAGGGCGAGGAGGGCGACGUGUCCGACGUGGGCUCCCGCACCACCGAGUCGGAGGCCGAGGGCUGGGAGCCCGAGGCACCGGGAUCCGCCGCGUCCCGGCCGCCCGGCAGCUGCCGCCUGACCGGUGAGAGCGCAGGGGCCGCGGCCAAGGUGUGCCGGCUGGAGCGGGGCAGCCCGGGCCACUGCAGCGAGGUCAUCAGCCCCGAGAUCCUCAAGAUGAGGGCGGCUCUCUUCUGCAUCUUCACCUACCUGGACACCAAGACGCUGCUGCGCGCCGCCGAGGUGUGCAAGGACUGGAAGUUCGUGGCCCGACACCCGGCCGUGUGGACGCGGGUGCUGCUGGAGAACGCCAGGGUCUCCUCCAAGUUCCUGGCCAUGCUGUCCCAGUGGUGCACCCAGAUGCAUUCCCUCACCCUGCAAAACCUGAAGCCGCGCCAGCGGGGCAAGAAGGAGAGCAAGGAGGAUUACAUGAAGAGCACGCGGGGCUGCCUGGAGGCAGGGCUGGAGUCGCUGCUGAAGGCGACGGGCAGCAACCUGCUGAUCCUGCGCAUCUCGCACUGCCCCAACGUGCUCACGGACCGCUCGCUCUGGCUGGCCAGCUGCUACUGCCGCGCCCUGCAGGCUGUCACCUACCGGAGCUCCACGGACCCCGUGGGCCAUGAGGUGAUCUGGGCCCUUGGAGCAGGCUGCAGGGACAUCAUCUCCCUGCAGGUCGCCCCUCUGCACCCCUGCCAGCAGCCGACACGCUUCAGCAACCGCUGCCUGCAGAUGAUCGGGCGCUGCUGGCCCCACCUGCGCGCGCUCGGCGUCGGCGGCGCCGGCUGCGGCCUGCAGGGCCUGGCCUCCCUCGCCCGGAACUGCAUGAGGCUGCAGGUGCUGGAGCUGGACCAUGUGGCCGAGAUCAACCAGGAGGUGGCUGCCGAGGUGUGCCGGGAGGGGCUCAAGGGGCUGGAGAUGCUGGUGCUCACCUCCACGCCCGUGACCCCCAAAGCCCUGCUGCACUUCAACAGUGUGUGCCGCAACCUGAAGUCCAUCGUGGUGCAGGUGGGGAUCGUGGACUACUUCAAGGAGCCCCACAGCCCCGAAGCCAGGAAGAUGUUUGAAGAAAUGGUGAACAAACUCCAGGCCCUGAGGAAAAGACCCGGCUUCUCCAAGAUUUUACACAUCAAGGUGGAGGGAGGCUGUUAGCCCUUCAGGAGCCCAAAGCACAUUGCCUGCUCUGCCCAGCGGAGCCCGAGACCCCUGAGACCAAAGCCCUGGCGGGGACCCCCGGCUCGGGCACAAGGAGCCCCAAUCCUCGGGGCCGUCCCGGGGCCGCUCACGGGCCACAAGGUGCUACUUAAGGACAAUUUCUGGCUGCCCCAGAGCCAGGGCCCAGCUCUUUGCCAGGAGGGAGGAUGGCUGCGCGGCCCUGCGGCCGCUCCUCACCCAGGAUCCGCGUUUGGGGACGGCUCUUGAGCAGAACUCUGCUUUGGGGAUCUCUGGCUGCCAGGGGUGGCCCAGCCCCUUCUGGGGGCUCUUGGCUGGCCUCUGCACCCCCACCUGUGUGUGGGGUGGGAAGGGGCUGCUCCUCCCCCAGCAUUCCCACGGGCUUUGUGCCCCUUUUCCUUUGGGAUUUGACAGCGGGGCAGCCGAAGCAGGGAAAGGCUCCCGGGAGCCAGCACAGCACAAGGAGCAGAGCUGCACCUCAGGCUCUGGGAGCCACGCCAGGAGAGAUGGGCGCUCUGCCAGGGGCUCCAGCCUCACUCCUCCCACCAAACCCCUCCUGCCAAGGCAAUAAAGCACCUCCACAUCCUCCUCCAGCAGGAAACACGGGUCACGCUCCUGUCCCUCCACAGCCAGCCUCCAUCCGGGGGCAGCGGUCCCACGUGGAGAGAGACUGGCAGGGAACAGCCACGUCUGCCUUCCCAGCAGCCUGAAGGAGAAACCCUGGCCAGAUCGUCCUGAAAUGAUCCUGGGAAAAGCACCGACCAACAGCCCUGGCUGACCCUUAUCUACAGCCACCACUUGAUAAUCUGAUUUUUCUUCUGAGUGUCCUCAGCCUGCAAGGACAUCAUCAUCGUCAUCAUCCCCAAAGCAUCCUUUUUCCACGGGAAAAGGCGUCAGGGUCAGGCAUCUCCAUCCUCCACCCUGGACAGAAGGAACCAGGAGGUGUCCCCGGGACUGGGGACACCCAUCAGAGCACUGCCAGCAGUGGGGAC